CCCACCUUCAGAAAGAAAAUAUGGACUCUGAUUCAGGCUCGGAUUACGGCGAUGUGCCCAACUACCCCCGAAGUUUACCCAACAUUCUCAUUACAGGGACGCCUGGGACAGGCAAGACUACUACUUCGGAAAUGGCAGCUGAAGCGACUGGUCUGACCCAUCUUAACGUUGGCGACUUGGUUAAAACAAAAUCUCUACAUGAAGGACUCGAUACUGAUUUUGAUAGCUAUAUUCUGGACGAAGACAAGCUCAUCGACGAGAUGGAAGACAUGAUGAAACCAGGGGGGAAAAUCGUAGAUUUCCAUACCUGCGAUAUCUUUCCUGAGAGAUGGUUUGAUCUUGUAAUUGUUCUUCGCACUGACAACAGUGUACUCUAUCCACGUCUUGAAUCUCGUGGAUACAAUGCUAAAAAGAUUAAUGAAAACAUGGAGUGUGAAAUCAUGCAGGUGGUUCUUGAGGAUGCUCGCGAAUCGUACGCAGAAGAGAUUGUGAUUGAAUUGCAAAGCAACAGUAUUGAUGAAAUGGAGGAAAAUGUGGCAAGAAUUAAGGCAUGGAAAGAACAGUGGGUUAUUGACAAUGCCAAGUAAAACCAGCAGUGUUGAAGCAUAUCCAACUAUCGCCAACUCAGUCGUCUCCAUCACAACGAUGUAAACCAUUUGUAACAAUAGCUGAAUAAAAUAAUCAUAUAGAC